CCCCCCUGCGAUGGACCAUGCAGAGUUCCGGCGGCAGGGGAAGGAGAUGGUGGAUUUCAUCGCAGACUUCAUGGAGGGGAUACAUGACAGACCUGUGUUUCCCAAUGUCAAGCCGGGGUACCUACGAGAGAUGAUACCAGACUGUGCUCCACAGGACCCUGAGAGCUGGGAGGCUGUACAGGCAGACAUCGAGCGUGUCAUCAUGCCGGGGGUGACAUUUUGGCACAGUCCACACUUCCAUGCGUACUUCCCCACUGGGAACUCCUACCCAGCCAUGCUGGGGGACAUGCUGUCUGGGGCUAUUGGCUGUAUAGGCUUCUCUUGGGCCUCCAGCCCUGCCUGUACAGAGUUGGAGACAGUUGUGCUGGACUGGCUGGGGAAGAUGCUGCAGCUGCCAGAGUGCUUCCUGGCCGGAACAUCAGGGGAGGGGGGCGGAGUCAUACAGGGUACAGCUAGUGAAGCAACCCUAGUAGCCCUGCUUGCCGCUCGCUCCAAAGCUGUGCAGAAAUUUAAAACUGAAUAUCCGGACAUGUCUGAUCAUGACAUCAUGAGCAAACUCAUCAUGUACACUUCUGAUCAGGCCCAUUCCUCCGUAGAGCGGGCGGCCAUGUUGGGUGCUGUCAGGUGCAGGAAGUUACAGAGCAGCGAGGACCUCGCGCUGACCGGUCCGGUACUGCAGGCGGCCCUACAGGAGGACAGAGCUCAGGGACUGAUGCCUUUCUUUGUGGUUGCUACGCUGGGGACCACGCCCUCCUGUGCCUUCGACAACUUACAGGAGCUCGGACCCGUCUGUCGUGCGGAGGUCAUGUGGCUGCACGUUGAUGCGGCGUACGCCGGCAGUGCCUUCAUCUGUCCCGAGUACCGACCCCUGCUGGACGGGGUCGAGUUUGCAGAUUCGUUCAACUUUAACCCCCACAAGUGGAUGAGGGUGAACUUUGACUGCUCAGCCAUGUGGAUUCGAAAGCGAGCAGACAUUGUGGACGCCUUUAACUUGGACCCGCUCUACCUCAAACACGACAACCAAGGUUUGGUGACGGAUUAUCGGCACUGGCAGAUCCCGCUGGGUCGCCGGUUCCGCUCGCUCAAACUCUGGUUCGUGUUACGCAUGUUCGGGGUCAAAGGUCUCCAGGAGCAGAUUAGGAAGCAAGUCGGGCUGGCUAAGGAGUUCGAGGUUCUUGUAAGGAGCGACGAUCGGUUUGAGGUGACGGCUAAGGUGGUCAUGGGGCUGGUCUGCUUCCGACUUAAGGGUUCUAACGAGCUUAACGAGCAGCUACUUAAGCAGGUUAACGAGGGAAAGAAGAUCCACCUGGUGCCGUCGCAGGUGAGAGGGACGUACUUCCUGCGGUUUGCCGUCUGUGCCGCCACGACCGAGUCUGGAGACGUGACCUACGCCUGGGACAUCAUCAGCCAGCUGGCCGGAGAGGUUUUAGAGGGACAAAACAGCCAGAACAUGGCUGAGUAGAUACCUCUUCUGUCAGUAUUUACCAAAACUAGAGAAUGAUGUACAAGGAAGGAUUAAAUUCACCAGAGCUAACCGAAGGUCCCGUAUCAAAAUAUAUUAGAGAGAGAUUCUACUGUGGCCAUGUUAGAAAUCAUUUCACAAAUUUGAUACUAGUUCUAAAGGAAUAAAGGAAUCAAACUCAGGUAUACCUGAAGACUUUUAAUUUUAUCUUCAGUAAAAUGUUUUAAUUUAAUCUAUGUUCAGGGAUAUGUUUUAAUUUAU